AUGGAAGGCUUCAACCCGGGCCACAUAGAACGUGCCUCGCCCAUUGACUCGUCUGACAGCCAUUCGUCAUCCUUUGUGUAUCCGCUGCCCAAAAGCACUAAUGAAUAUAUAGGCAAUCAUAAUGAAAGUCGUGUAAAUGCAAAUUCAGCCGCAGUGCCGUCUUCCAUAAUGUCCCUCAAUCUCAAAAGCACACACUCCCUCAAUAAUGAUCAGCAUAGUGAUCAGCAUAUUCAUACAUCAACAUCUCCAACGGAAACUAUUGGACAUAUUCAUCAGGUAGAAAAACUGAAUCAAAACAAUUUGAUUCAUCUCGAUCCAGUACCCAACUUUAAAGAUAAAUCCGAUAUCAAGCCAUGGUUACAAAAAAUCUUUUACCCUCAAGGGAUAGAGCUUGUGAUAGAAAGAUCGGACACGUUUAAAGUUGUCUUCAAGUGUAAAGCUGCCAAAAGGGGAAGGAACGCGAGAAGGAAAAGGAAAGAUAGGCUCAACGGACAGGACCAAGAAGAGGAGAAAUCGAAGACCAAUGACGACGAAUUAGAGUAUACGAGUCCUUCUAAUUUCACAGUAGCACCCAAUGGGCCUCAAUCAUCACCUGAUCAAUCGUCCUCCAUAAAGCCAAAGAAAAAAAGGUGUGUAUCGAGGUUUAACAAUUGUCCCUUCAGAGUACGAGCUACUUAUUCGUUGAAGAGGAAAAGAUGGAGCAUUGUCGUAAUGAACAAUAACCACUCGCAUCUCCUAAAAUUUAACCCUGAUUCUGAAGAGUACAAAAAAUUCAAAGAAAAAUUGAGAAGAGAUAAUGACGUAGAUGCGAUCAAGAAAUUCGACGAAUUGGAAUACAGAACUUUGGCCAAUUUGCCAAUUCCGACAGCUACAAUUCCUUGUGAUUGUGGUCUAACGAAUGAAAUACAAAGUUUCAACGUCGUCUUGCCCACUAACAGUAAUGUAAAUUCAUCUGCGUCUUCUUCUACAGUAUCGUCUAUAUCCCUUGAUUCUUCGAAUGCAUCUAAGAGGCCAUGCUUACCCCCUGUAAAUAGCACCGGUAGUAUUAAUACCAACAACGUAAGGAAACCAAAAAGCCAGUGUAAGAAUAAGGACACACUCUUAAAAAGAACCACCAUGCAAAACUUUCUCACUACUAAAUCGAGACUGCGUAAGACUGGCACCCCAACAUCCUCCCAACAUUCAUCCAGUGCAUUUUCGGGAUAUAUUGAUGAUCCUUUCAAUUUAAAUGAAAUCUUACCGCUGCCGGCUUCUGAUUUCAAGCUAAACGCCGUAACGAAUUUGAACGAAAUUGACUUUACAAAUAUUUUUACGAAAUCGCCACAUCCACAUAGCGGGUCCACUCAUCCAAGACAAGUCUUCGACCAAUUGGACGACUGUUCCUCUAUACUCUUCUCUCCAUUAACUACAAACACGAAUAAUGAAUUUGAAGGAGAAUCUGAUGAUUUUGUUCAUUCUCCAUAUUUGAAUUCGGAGGCCGACUUCAGCCAAAUUCUUAGUAAUGCUCCCCCAGCUCAUAAUGAUUCAGUUGAAAUUCACCAGGAAAACCAGGACAGUACUGAUAGAUUUGCAAAUAGUUCUCAAGAACACAAUGAAUAUAUCUUACAGUAUUUGACGCACUUUGAUGCGACCAACCACAAUAAUAUUGGUAUUCCAAACAACACAUUACAUCCGCUAAACACUCAGCAUAACGCUACUGAUCUGGGCAACCCACUUUUAAAACAGGAAGCUUUAGUAGGCAGCCCUUCAACAAAGAUCUUUGAUGAAUUAAAAUUCUUACAAAAUGGCCCACAUGGCUCUCAGCAUCCUGUAGAUUUUCAACAUGUUGACCAUCGUCAUCUGGGUUCCAAUGAACCUCAAGUACGAUCAAAUCAAUAUGGACCGCAACCGCAGCAACCGCAAUAUCCUCAUAACCAAUCCCACCACGGGCACAGCCAUGGCCAGCACCAAGAAAUACAGAGGGAAGUGCAAGCACACGAAUCGUUAGAAAUAAUGGGAAAUACAUUAUUAGAAGAAUUCAAAGACAUUAAGAUGGUGAAUGGCGAAUUGAAGUAUGUGAAGCGGGAAGAUUAG